GCUGGUUGGACCACUUUGUAAAUCCGCUUCUCUGCUCUUUGCCAAAUUCUAUUGCAAAUGCCGCCCCAUUUCCCUCAACUAUUCACAUGCCGCUGACAUGAUCUUGAGGCAGUCUUUCAACGGAGGCUCCUUCGUGCGCCUCUCCGCCUUUACCACUCUUCUGGUCAUCGCUGCUUCUGCAUUGGCCUCGGAGCCCUCCCCCUCUUUUGAGCGUGCCUCGAACCAAUCCUUGCUAUGGGGUCCGUAUAGACCUAACCUAUACUUUGGUGUGCGCCCACGCAUCCCCGAGUCACUGACUAUGGGAUUGCUGUGGGCGAGAGUGGAAGACUACGUCUCUGUGCAGGACAAUUUCCGCUACACCUGUGAACAGCAUGACGGAAUGGCAGGGUACGGCUGGGAGAAGUACGAUCCUAGGCACGGAGGCGUCCAGACGAUUCACGACGUUGGAAAUGAGCUAGAUCUUACCACGUAUUUUUACAAAGAUACCUCUGCUGGGGACAAGGGGGGUAAUUGGGGAGCUCGAAUCAAAGGUGUACCUCGUCCCGGUGCUAGCGAAAAUCUUAAGUCCACAGUCAUUUUUAACAUCAACAUGGAUGGGCAGCCCGGCGUUUUUAACAAUCUUGAGAUUCAGAGAGACGUGGAGGAAGGCACCAGUUGGUUCCUGGGCGAUGUUACCUUGAAAGGAGAAACCCCCAAUCUGGGCUCUUUCAAGGUCAGCAUCACGGGGGAUCGUGUAAGCGGCAUAAAUAGACAUCCUUUGCAUGCACACCCGAGUGGUCAGCAGAAGAGUCUUGACAGAACUCUGGUAAACAGCAAAGUGUUGACACCGGAGACCCUAUGGCAGUCGAAGCCCCUCUUGUUCGCUCUCAUGAAACAACAGAUCGACGAAUACAUUGAGACGUACGGCCGAGACAACCUCCCUCCUCCAUAUCAACUAUAUACCUUGAAACCAGAACCUGGUCACGGCAACGUACAUUUCGUGCAAAAGGUUUUCGAAGGCGAGUUCGAGUUUGACAUACUCUUCUCUUCUGAAGCAUCUGGUAAAGAACUCACCUCUGCCGCACUAACAGCCGGCAUUGAGUCAGUCACGAAGUCGUUUGAUAGACGCUUCGAUGCGAUCUUCAAGCCGCAAGCCCCCUUCACGGCUGACGAGUAUUACAAAUUUUCAAAGGCACUCUUUUCAAACUUAUUAGGCGGCAUCGGUUAUUUUUACGGUGAUUGGAAGGUAGAUCGUAGUUAUUCACCAGAGUAUGAGGAGGAAAACGAGGGGUUCUGGGAGGAGGCUGCGGAGGCACGAGCUCGUGCUGGGUUUUCAAUUGAAGGACCUAGUGAGCUAUUCACUAGCAUUCCCUCCCGGCCCUUUUUUCCUCGCGGAUUUCUUUGGGAUGAAGGCUUCCAUCUCAUGCCCAUCCUAGAUUGGGACGUAGAACUUACGCUUCAGAUUGUGAAGAGUUGGUUCUCUCUCAUGGAUGACGACGGAUGGAUUGCGCGUGAGCAGAUCCUUGGCCCCGAGGCACGCUCAAAGGUGCCAGAAGAAUUCCAGGUUCAAUAUCCUCACUACGCGAACCCACCAACAUUGUUCCUCAUUCUCGCAGAAUUCACGGACAAGCUCACCAACGGCGCCACGAAAGAUGUCACAGAUGCUGAGUACGCGCCCCAAUUUCUAAACAAGGACAUCGCCUCAGCAUAUCUUCGAGAGCUGUAUCCUCUACUCAAACGUCACUAUGAAUGGUUUCGCCGCACGCAAAAGGGCGAAAUUUCAGCGUAUGACCGCAAAGCGGCCAACUCAAAAGAGGCUUACCGUUGGCGAGGAAGGACAGAGCGUCACUGCCUGACCUCGGGCCAAGAUGACUUUCCUCGAGCUCAGCCACCACACCCUGGUGAACUGCACGUCGAUGCGCUUGCUUGGGUCGGCGUUAUGUCGUCAUCUAUGGAGAAGAUCUCGAAUUUCCUGGGAAUGGAUGAAGAUGCUGAGCUUUUCAGAAAGCAUUUAGGCGAUGUAAAAGCGAACUUGCUUCAGUUGCAUUGGUCAGAGAAGGCAGGCAUCUUCUGCGACGCUACGAUUGACGAAUUUGAGGAACACGUUCACGUGUGUCACAAUGGAUACGUGACGUUACUUCCCUUCAUGGUUGGGCUCUUGGACGAAGUCAAAGACGCGGCAAAGAUUGCUUCCAUACUCGAAAUCUUGGCGGACCCUGAACAACUGUGGAGUGACCACGGCAUCCGUAGUCUUAGUAUCGCGGACGAACUAUAUGGCACCGAGGAAAAUUACUGGAGGGGACCCGUUUGGAUCAAUCUGAAUUAUCUCCUCCUCAAGCGCCUGUACAUGGUUGGAACUGCCAAGACCCCAAAUUCUCCUCGAGCCGCAGAACUUUAUAAGGAAUUGCGACGCAAUCUGGUCAGCACUGUUUACGAGAGCUGGAAAGAGACGGGCUUUGCAUGGGAGCAAUACAACCCGGAAACAGGAAAAGGCCAGCGCACCCAACAUUUCACCGGCUGGACGAGCUUGAUUGUCAAAGUGCUGCAGAUGCCUGAAGAGGCAAUCAGAAGCAGACCUCGGGACGAACUAUAGAUUUGACAUGUUGGCUAGCUUUGUAUGAAAGACUAUGUAAGAUAGCUGCAUGUGCAGCUGGCGGAAUCAACAUCUCAAUCAUGAAGAAUACGAGAUGAACCAAAACACAAUAUUGCUAGAUCACGCAUAUACGCUGAGGAAUACCACAUAGAUACGGCUAAUUGUCAUCUCAGUGCUAAGCAGAAACAACCGC